AUGGGAUCAAGCUUGCUUCAAUGGGAAUCCGACCCUCUAUUCUCAGCCGCCGAAGUCGUUCAAGAUACAACUGACAGGAUGGAAUCUAUUUUUCGCCUUCUUUUGCACGAACAGACUCUUGUUCAAGUUAAUAAUUAUGACCCAAAGCUGCUUACAUUGAUUGGGUAUCAUAGGCGCGAUCUUGUUACCACACUUGAAACAGCAAAAUGGCAGUUGGAAGAUUUUGAACGAGCAGUUACUUCAUCAGCUAGGAUGGACCAGUCUCAAUCUAGGGAGGAUGCGAUUUUCAGACAUAAGCAGUUUAUUAGUGCCAUUAGAGAACAGAUAAAUAAUGUUGAUAAAAGCUUGGAGGAAAUGGAAGUGGGAAAUACAAUGAAAAACCCUGAAUGGAAAAACUUGAAUGAACAAGAUAAAGAUAAUUUGGCAUUAUUUCUUUCUGGAGGGAUUCAUAAUGAAUGCAAUCACCAUUAUGAGUUGGAUGACGAUGACAUAUUUAAAAGAUUUCUUGAUCCAGUCACAUCAACUUGCUCAACAGAUGCUGGAAUUGUUGGAAAUAGAAGUGGAGAAAUUGAAGAUGUGAAUAUGAAUGGUUUUGCUGAUACUAGCCGUUAUGAUUCUAUGGAGGAGAGUAAUCUAAGGAAGGAGGAUUCUCAAAACAUAAAGCUGGGUCUAGAUUCGAUGGAUUCUUUCGAAGAGACUUCUUGCAAUAGGAAUGUUGAAGAUGGAAGUUGGGAUUUAGAAGCUAGUGAAGGCAAACCUAAGUGUUUCUUCCAUGGGAAUGAGUUGAGAGGCUCUUCCAGCCAAGUGAAUAUCUUUGGGUUCUUCAAUAACCUAUGGACUGCAUAUGGGAGUAGGGUUCCUAGCAAUUAUACAAAGCAAUUAAAAGACGGAGAAGAAGAGCAUUCCCCUUUGUACAUUGAUGCUUCUCAUGUUGCACGAGGUAGGCAUAUUGGACCAAGUUCAGCACCUAGAGACCAUGGCCUCAGGGGAUUACGUGGGUUUCUGGUUAAGGUCAUGCACUUGAGAAGGAGGCUUGGGGCAUGUAAUGUCAGAUUUGAUAGAUUCUCAUCUCUCAUUAGAGUUAAUCAAAGAUCCAUAAAAAUGAUACUGGCAAUAGUAUUUGCCUUUACACUUUUAGGUAAGCACAUGAUUUGUAUGUGCAAUCUUCUAUUCAUUUUACUCUACUUAUGA